AUGGGAGACUAUUAUCACCACUUUCUAUCGUCAAUGUCGGGGGCGGGGAUAAACCCGACGGCAUCCCCUGAAGAGAUGCUUGAUCAGCAAAUUCAUGGUGCACCAAUGCACAUGAUGCCCGCCACAAUACCAGGGCCAUAUCAGCAGCUUGGGUACUUCACCGGAUUCCCCGAUCCGAUGAUGUUCAACCCAGGCAAAUCACAGAAAUCACGUCGAAAAUCGGCAGCCGGCACACCCACGGCCAUUGACCAGGUCAAACACCGGCGGACUCGUUCCGGCUGCUUCAUGUGUCGAAGUCGAAGAGUCAAGGAUCAAUAUGCUGACGCUACCAAGGUUGCAAAAAGGGAAACCGAGAAUGUGUUUACCCCGAUCCCCCGUCCUCAAAAGCAAACUAGCCCUACUUCGUCAAAGUCAGAAGACGACGAGGACGCCGAACAAGACAAAAAGCUUGAGACGAUUGUGGAUGAAGAUGAGGAGACAGAAGGCCAUACAAGGUCCCCGGAUUUUUCUAUACAAUCGAAGAGCGCCUCUCCUUCCACCACAACAGCUACUCCAAGUAGUCUGGCAACUGUGUAUCCCUCUUCUGACUUCCCUGCCAACCUCGGAGAAACCGACUGGUCACAUCUCCCGCCACAGUACCAGCAGGGCCUCUCAUUCUUUGUUGAAAAUCUCAAUCACUUUAACUACUGCAUACCGCUUGACUCGGACGAGUUCUUCACAAAAAUCUUGCCCAACAUGGCUACCCGUCACGAACCGUUAUUGAACGCGGUAGUAGGUUUCUCAGCAUACCACUCCACGCUCCAGAAUCCACAUGGGAAGCUCCAAGACUUUUUACAAUACUACAACAAAAGCGUAACGCAGUUGCUGAGUCUGCUGCAACGAAAGGAGAAGCCCAAUAUUGCCACCCUUUUGACGAUAUUGCAGCUAGCUACUAUUGAAGAGUACUUUGGCGACUGGGUCAAUCUCAUGGGGCAUCAGAAAGCGGCCUUUGGAAUAAUAACGAGCAUUUUCACACCACAAACCAUAAUGCAAUCUCCUGUGGGACGUAUGUGCCUUAGCUGGUACGCUCGGUUCGACAAUUUUGUUGCCUUGAUGGGAGGCUUCCCUACCGACCUACCACGAGAAUGGUUUCAGGCCAUGUUGGAUUUCUACAAGGCAGGAGUCGUUACCAACCCAGACGAAAUACACUGGAAAAUCGAUGAAUGGUCUGCUCAGCUUCGCCUUAUCUCCUACGACAUGUCGAUCUUAUUCGCGCGAGGCAGCAGAGACCAGAUAUCUCCCGAAGACUUUAUCAAAGAACACGAAAUUAUCAACCAACGGCUAAUAGACUGGAAAGAGAAAAGAGAUCCUGCUCUCCAGGACCCGAAAUACCUUGUUCGAGAUUUCCCUCCUUCCGAAACACUCGACCCGGAGGAUUUUGUGAACCCUUACACGGUCGGAAUACUCUACGAACGCCCACUAUUCGAUGUUACGGUUCUAUGUGCGGAGUGGAAUAGCAUCAUGAUAAUGCACAAAUGCCAGUCCUCAGGUACCAGGCCAGAUCAACUGUUCGCGGAUCUGAAUCGCCAUGCCUACAGAACCUGCCAAUAUUUCGAAACGUUAGAAUUCUGGCCUUCCACUCCCAGAGGCGUUCUAGUUCUUAUUCAGGCUUGCAUCGCUAUUGCAGCUCUGUUCUGUCCCCAGGAUGCACGGCACCAUAUGUGGUUUCGUCGGAAGUUCGCCUUACUGGAAACAAUGGGCUAUAUUCACCCUUUGCCUUUGCGUACCAAAAUGGCCGAGUUGUUUCGGGAAACGUCUUGCGUACAAUGGUGGCUUCCUGACGGGGAAGGAUUCAGCCCCGUGUUGCGAGAAAUUCGAAAUUUUGCGGAUGAGCGUAAUGCGGCAGCCGUCACAGCCCAGCAGGAGAGUCUCCGCGAGGUGCGGCAUAUCUUCGCGAAGAUGACAUUGAUGGACGAUGCCAAUGCGCCAUCAGGUUCUGGUCCAGGUUCGGAUUCAUAG